AAAGCAGCUGACCUUAAUCACCCACAACUUCAUUAAUCAGCCAUUAGUGAGAUCAGUGAGGAUCGACAUUAUGAAAAUCAUUACAGCUGUGGUUAUUCUAGGCUGCCUGCUUGUUGUAGAGGUGAAAGGCCAGGCUAGAGCUCCAAAAGGCAGGUGUUUUUGUGCUGGCAAAGGUGUGAAAAUGGUUCCCCCAAAACUGAUUGAGAAGGUUGAAAUCAUACCACCAAGUCCCUCUUGUAAAUCCCAGGAGAUUGUUGUUACUCUGAAAAAUAGUACAGAGCAGAAAUGCUUGAAUCCAGAAUCUAAAUUCACACAGAACUACAUAAUGAAGGCUGUUGAAAAGAGGAGCCUGCAGAAGUGAUAGCCUGAAAUAUGAAUCCAUAUGAGCUAUUGUUAAGUGAAGAACUUAUUAUGUUAACACCCUACAAUCAGUAGCCAACAUCUUUAAGACCAAUCUUGAGCUGAAAUUGAUAUUGCAAUGUAAAUCUUUUCCUAAUGUUUCCUUAAUGAUUUUUUUUUACCUGAUAAAUAUGAUCACUAAUCACUGAUAUACAUCUUAAAAUAGUAAUGGAAAACAUGCCUGAUGAUUACAGAGUGUAAUAUUUACAGUCAUGCAAAAUAAAGCUUUUGUGACAUUGCA